AUAGUCUUGUUGGAAAAGACCUAUUUGAACGGAUGAAAAUAUUCGUGUAUUACGAGUUGUUAUUGUUAAAAAUUUCCGUUACAAACAUGAUUACUUUAUACACAUGAACGUUUAUAUCGUGAACUGUAAAGACCAAAGGAUGUUUAUCAAGCAAUUAUGUUGCAUACAUCGAGAAUUGACUUAAACUAUAUACGAGAUAUACUUUGUUUAAUAUGAGAAAUUAAAAUCAUGUAUAUUACCUGUAAAUGUUGGAUAAUUUUACUUUUCCUAUUCUCAUUAAUUUGGAGAGUUAAUACAUAUAAAGCAGAACAAAUUAUUCGUCGUGGUCCAGGUCAAGAUCCACAAUGUGCAGAUCCUUUAAUUAAUUCAGCGGAUAAAUUUCCUGAUGCUUCAUUCUCAUCUAGUAGUGUAUGGAAGAAUGCAACGGAUUUUCAGCCAUUUAGAGCUAGAUUAACGGAGGUAUAUGGAAGUAAUGAGCAUACAAGUGGUUAUGCCUGGUGUCCAAAUACACAUGUUGAAGAUGGCCUACGGGAAUGGAUUCAAGCAGAAUUCUCACAUUUAGUUAUCAUCAGUGUCAUUUUCACAGUUGGACGUGGUGAUGGAAAUGUAAAAGAAUAUAUGCCAAAUUUUGUUUUACGAUACCAACGGGAAGAUAAUGGUAUCUGGUAUGAACAUGUAAAAAGUGAUGGUACACGAGUGCUUAAAGCAAAUAGUGAUCCACGAAAUAUUGCUAGGACUACACUUGAUUCAGUUGUUAUCGCUAAACGUAUACGCAUUUAUCCCUAUAGCCAUCGAUCGAAACAACAAGUAUGCCUACGAUUCGCACUGUAUGGAUGUAAUUUCCCAGAUGGUGUCACUUCCUAUUCAAUGCCUCAAGGUGAUACAGUCACAUAUGGUCGACCAUUAUUUGGCUCACUGUAUUCAGUACCUCAUAGUUUUCAAGACUUAACAUAUGAUGGUCAAUUAAUUGAAUCAGAUAAUCAAUUGAUGGGUGGAAUUGGUCAGUUGAUGGAUAAUGUGGCCUAUCUGGGCAAUGUUACACUACUGUCAGACUCACAUCCUACUCAACCUGGUUUUCAUUUUGUUGGAUGGCAAAUCCCAAAUAGAGAUUUACGUAUUGUCUUUAAAUUUGAUGAAGUGCGAAGUUUCAUUUGGCUGAGAAUAUUUACAUUUGACUCUAUCCCACUGCAAUCACGUGUUUUUUCAAGAGCUGUUGUUGAAUUCAGUAUGGAUGGAAAGAGCUUCGGUAAACCAGUUGAAAUUUUAACUAGUCGUGCACGUAUGGUUGAUCCUAAUCAAAUCAGUUCAACAAAACUAUCAAUAUCUGAUAUGCAUUCAUCAAGAGUGAAAAGAUCACCGAAUUCAGUCAGUACACUAACUCAAGAAACUAUUGUUUAUAGUAAUCGUGAUUGGGAUGGUGCACUGGUUGUACAAAUGCCUUUGACCAGUCAUACAGGACGUUAUGUCAGUCUUACGCUAACACCAAGUGAUUCAUGGAUUUUGUUAUCUGAAGUACAGUUCAACUCUACUAUUGUACAACCGGAAUCUUUAUUAGCAAAUAAUGAAGAGGUUGAUUCACUGACGAAAUCGGUGGGUGGGAAUUCUAACUCAGGUGAUUCACAUGAGCAGAACAGUCAUCUAGAUGUAAAUUUAUUCCGGAAUUCACCAUUGGCUGCUGAUCCAGAGACAAAUAAACAAGCGAACAAAAUGAAUAGUGGUUCAGAAGUUCAAUCACCAAUUGUUGGUAAUGAAAAAUCAUCUAUAUCAACUCAUGAUGAAAGACUUUCAGGUGCAGAAAGUUCGAGUAACGGUGAAAAUUAUUACCUUUCAUCGUCAUCAUCAGCAGCAGCGUCAGCAUCAGCGUCAUCAUCAUCGUCGAAGUCAAUGUCUACAUCGACAACACCAUCAACGCAGUUACCUCAAAUUAUUGUCAUUGUAUCUUAUGUAUUAGGCGGUAUAUUAUCCUUAUUUAUUCUACUCGCUUUAAUAAUUAUUGUACAAAGAAGAUGUCGACAUCAUUUACACUUUAAACAUCAAUGCUGUAAACAGUUGGCAGUAGAGACAACAGGAAUUUCAUCCUCUAAUCCAUCCGGUGGCUUUUAUUCACCUAUCUCCCUGAUUGGUGCAUACGGUAACAAUAAUAAUCCUAAUAAUAAUAACAACAGUCUAAUGAAUUAUAAUGUUGUGAAUACAAUGAAUAUUCCUGAGGCUGCAAAACUACUCCAAUCAAUACCAACACUCUCACCGAAUGCUAGGACAACAGAGAAUUUUGUACAUAACUGUCUACCGAAUGGUAGUGGAGGUGUUGGUGUGGUACACCAUCCGAACAGCCUAUUACAGUAUGCUAUGAAUAAUAGUAAUAACAAUAACAAUAAUACUUCAGUUACAGACAGUAAUUCGGUGAUUGUGAAUAACAAUAAUAAUAAUAAUACAAAUAAUACUCGUUUCGGUGGAACUGGUGGUGUCGGUAAGUUGGACUACGUGUCAUCUGUACCCCCACCACUGCCACCCGCUAAUUUAUUAUUACCUCGUGUACCUCAGACAACAAUGUAUGGCGGUGUCAGUGAUGCAAAUGUGAACAGCACCACCACCAACAAUAAUGAUCAAUUUAUUGCACAGACAAGCCUGUAUAUGCAAACAAAUCCAAAUCGGUUGGCUACUACACUUGUUGCUAGUGAUUUGAACAGUUUGGGUGGAAUGAAUAAUUUUAUGCCUAGUUACAUUGUUCUUCCGUCACUGACGACAAACAGUGGUUAUAUCUUACAGCCAAUUAUAACAUCAACUAUGGAAAGGCAAUAUCAUGCGAACAAUUGUGAUAAUAGUAAUGAUGAUGAUGACAGUCGAGCACAAGAUAGUGCUAGUCUGUAUACAAGUAUACGUAAUAGUCUAGUCAACAGUAAUACUAUUUAUUCUGGAGUCAGUGGGACAAAUUCAGAACAAGCUGAUGGGUGUUACAGUCCAAUUUUAGAAAAUCAAACUUUAUUACAUCCAUAUCAUUAUGAUGAGAAUGUGAACCAUACUGGCGAUGAUUCAGGAAAUAUGGUUUUGGAGAAAGAAAGAUCUCCCUGUGUCACUAUGGUAGAUAAACAGACGAAUCUGGUUAAUAGUCACAAUGGUGAAGAUAAUUCAACACUUUUGAAAGAUGUUCUUCCUAUUUCCCUCCGACAACAACAACAGCAGCAACAACAGUAUGGCAAUGAUAACAGUUAUCUUUCAAAGAUAUUUGCUUCUGGAAGGAAUUCUAGUGGGAAAUCAAAGCGCAUCGAUUCUGAAGAACAAACAACUCUGAUGAGGAGACAAGGAGAUGUUAAAGGGCAGCAGUCAUGUGGUGAAUUGUCAACGAAACAAGGUGUCACCAACCAUCUGGUAAACCGGAGAAAAAGACGUCCCCUAUCACAACAAAUAUCUUCAUUUUUCCUAAAAAGCAAUAACAGUCACAGAUCUUCUGUACACUCAUUGCCAGAUAGUGAUGAAAAACUCCACCCAUCGAAUGUGAUACAUUCUGGAUGUAUAAAGAGAUCUUCAAUUCCCUGCCAAAAUGUUAUCCCACCGCAGUCAAUACUACAAUUAUCCCCAAGAAGAUCAUUUUUAUUGCUACCAUACGGUAGGUUGGAGAUAUUUUUUGCAUGAUGAUGAUGAUGAUGGUGACGGUGAAUGCUUUCUUUCGCGUUCAAUUACAUUGCAUUCAUCCUCUAACACAAGACAUUAAUACACAAAUUAAUAUAAAUCACUGACUGGUGUCCUGAAUAUGCUAGUGCGUCGAUAUUUGGAUUUACGCCACCACCAUCCGAUCUGUCAGACGGAGUAUCUAUUAACUGUGGAGACAAUAAUAUCCCAUCGAAUUAUUAUCGUCCUAUCGUUUCACGACUUGGCAAUUAUCCAAUGUCUGGUUUAACAGCACUGAAUACAAAUCACAACGGACCUACUUCAUUACCACUUACAGGACCCACAUAUGAAUUACACACAACGCAUAUUUCACCAAAUCUAGUUUCCAGUAACACUGGUACUAUCAUUAAUAAUACUGGACAAUUUCAUUCUACUUUAAAUCAACAAAACCCAGCAGGAUUUCUAUUUCUUCCACGUUCACAAAUCGGAGAAGGUGGAUUUACUGGGGCAGGUAAUAUGAUAAAUCGUAUAUCACUUACUGCUAACCAGUUUCAACAGUUGAAUCAAAACAACACUCCGUUUAUCUCGACAAUUAACGGAGAUCCAUACAAUAUCUAUCAGGCAGCUGGAAUGAACUUGCCAGUUCAAUCGAAUUUACAAAUGCAUCAGCAUAACCACCACCAACAACAACAGCAACAGCUGCAACUGCAACAACCAGUUGAAUAUAAAUUACCCAAACGAACUGAUGAUAUAACCUGGCAAUCGUCAUUAAUGAAUCCUGAGUCAACAAUGAUACAUUCUGAACCUCAAACACCAUUAACAGAACAAUGUUUAAGUAAUUCAGAAACAUCAUGGCCAGGAACUGUAAAUAAUAAUAGUAAUAAUAAUGGUAAUAACAAUUACAGAACAUUAAAUAUUACAGAAAUGAAAAAUGGUACAUUGAAGAAUAAUUAUUUCCUACCUGUAAUGAAUACUUCAACAACACUGAAUAGUAAUUAUAACAAUAAUAAUAAUAUUAAUGAUGAACGAUCGUAUUUCCCUUCGCAUCAACUUAUUUAUCCUUCAUUUCCACCUCCACCGAUCUCUGGGACAUUAAUGAUAACAACAUCAAUAGCAUCACAACCACAACAGUCAUCACUCCAAACGACAACAAUAACAACAGCAGCAGCGACAAACACGGUGACAUCAAAUGGACCAAAUAUGUCAUCUCGAGGUAGUCCAGUCGGUGCAGCAGCAACAUCAACUGGACCUGAUGGAGGUGGUGGUUAUACAGUAAAUGAGAGCACAAAUUCUGGUCCUCCUAUGUCUUUUUAUUCUGUAUGCAUAUAACACAUUUCUGUAUAUGCAUAUGACAGCGUUUGUGAGUGUGCGUGUGUGUGUGAGAGAGAGAGAGUUUGUGAAGGUACUGGUAAGCACACAAAUGUGGAAUAAAAACAAUUUUUACAGAUACACAUAUUUUUUGCCUUAAUUUCUAUAAUAAUAAUAAUAACAACAACAGGGAAUUCGAUUUCAUACUCGUAAUAUUCCUACAGAAUGAUAGCACACUUUGACGACUAACUUCUCAUUUACUCAUGAUACUCCACCCACCUACUUUUACUACUUUCCCAGCACACACCGAACUCCUUCAGAAACAUGAAUUGUCAGUUGAUGAAAAAAGAGAAUUUUUGUCAGUUUGGUUUUAUUUUUCUUGUACAAAAUACAUUUUGAUUCCUUAAUGAUAAUUAUCUCUCCCUGAAAAUCUGUCUUAAACAAUAAUAAAAAUAGUAAUAGUAAUAAUAAUAAUAAUAAUUCUGGAGUAAUGACUGAUCGAUCAUGCACACACCCACCCAUAAUCCCUUUCUUUCCGAUUGGAUAAAUGAUUUAUUGCUUCCUAUCGAUUGUUUUACUGUGUUGUUACUGUCUUCCAGAAAUUGAAAGCACAGAAGUAGAGUAAGUAACCUGUUGUUCUCAUUCCCAUAGUUUUCUUCUUCUUUGUUUUUUUUGUUUGUACUAAAGACGAUAACUUUCCCCCGGUGCGCUUGGUUGGUUGCCUGGUGUUCAUAUGCUUUCCAAGAAGAACACGUCCUUGUUCCUCAUCCUUACAUCUUCAUUUUACUGAAGAUGUAUGAUUAUUGCUUCGAUACAUUUCUUCCACGUGUUGUUUUCUCUCCUCUCUUUCAUUAUUAUUACUAUUAUGUAUCUUUGCUACAGAUGAAUAAAGCUUUAUAAAUUAGAAUUAAAAGAACACUAUUACAAAUUUAUUGAUGAUUUAUGUCACAGCGUGUUUCUUUUUUUGUUUUGUUGUUGCUGUUGUCGAGGUCUACUACACUUGAUUCCUUCUAUUCGUACCUAUUAUCUGAUUACAACACACAACUCUCUGCGCAGUAUUCAGCAGUUUUCGUGUGCAUAUAUUGGUCAUGUGUGAUAUUUUUGUUUUGGUAAGUUAAAGUCUGUCGACGACUUUUCACAUCUACAUGGUGGAAGUAAGUAGUAGUGUACCCCUACCCCACUUCUUAUCUAGUAGUCAUUCCUUUGUCUGAUUCGAGAAAGAGAGACAGCGAAAAGUAUGAUGGUUGUUUUUCAGUUCUCCAACCUAUGUUUGAAUCGUACUCAACCUAUUGUUCUUUUGUACACAUAUUGGGACACAUUGAGCGACAAAAUUAUAGAGGACGACGCCGCCGACUACGCUAACAAGACAAAUGAUAAUCAUAAUAGUGAUGAUGAUGAUAUUGUACAGCACUUUAAUUCUGUAUCUUUUUUUAUCUGUCCAGCUUACCAUCAUCAAAUCUUUGUAUGUUUGUUUCCAUCUAGGUCUGUGAUUAGCCUUUACUACAUUGGUGUGUGUUUAUGUGUUGUUGUGAUUGUAACUGAUCCCUUCAGACUAUGUGUGUUCGCUUAACAUGAUAUUUUGUAUGUGCGUAUGUGUGCAUGUGUGUAUUGUAGUUGUGUAAUUAUGUAUUAUUUGCUUGAUUCUUUUGUAAUUUUCUCUUUCAUCACCCUUUCAUCUUUCAAAGUGUUGAAGCAUAUCCUGCCCUGUUAUUCUUUAAAAAAUAAUUCACUACAGUUAUUGUUGAAUGAGUGAGUGAACGUUCAUGUGUGUAACUCUUUGGUUCUUUCUUUUCUUCUUUUAUAUAGAAUUAUAAUAGUGUUAAUAUUUCUUUUUCCAAAUAAAAAAGAUUAUUGUUCUUAUAAAAUUAGUGUUACUUCAUUUUUUU